UGAGGGAGUGGAAACUUCAGAGGAGGAGGAGAGUUACAUGCACUCUUCUCCCAUUGAAUCAUGUGGAGGAAGCGUGCUUUUGAUUUGAUUUGUCUGUUUUGGAUUUUUUUUUCUUGAUGAUUUUGAUUUGUACUGCAUCUUUUCUUGGAUAAAAUCUAUUGUUUGGCUCUCCUGCUUCAUCACUGGUAGAGGCUGGCACAGAGUUAAAAUGAUCGACUACGAGCGUCCCUCAACAUUAAGCUCUGGACCAGGAGUGAGUGGUCCCGAGUUCCCAGUGCACACAUAUCGGCACACACUGGCGGUCAUGCCUCAAAGAUACUCCCACCAGAGGAGGAAAGCCAGCACAGCGGUUGCAAGGAGAAUGGAGAGGAGAAGAAGGGACCAAUGCAACACUAAGAACAGCAACUCAAACAGCAGCCAUAACCACCGUUCGAAGAAGCUCGCCAUGCUCUCCAGGUCCUUGAUUCUGUGUCACUCUAAAACCAACGACGACUGCCCCAGUCUGGAAGGGAAGGAGGUCAGUAGGAUGGUUAUGUCAGAGGAGAGAAGGACAUGGUGUUUAGGCUGGAGAACAGAUGUGGCCACUGAGGAUAAAACAGGAUGUAGGAAUGGAGAAAUCGAACACUGGAGGAUGCGGCAGUCAACCCUGGACGCAAGUGGAGGCACAGGAGCUUACAGACAAUUGCUUCACACCACCCCUUUGAGUGAAAAUAAAAGGAGCUUGCGGUCAUCUUUUAGCAUCAAGGACAGCAGUAUUUGGAAAAUGUGUGUCGCCACAAGGCCAACGGAGGAGGUGUGUAUCCCUCACAUGGAAGAUAAUUGCGGCCUAACAGAACACAACCACAAUAAUGCGGAGCCAAGAAGGAAUGGAGCGGAUUCAAAAAGAGGUUCCAACUUCCUGAGCCAAGAGGAGCUGGCUCCUUUUAACGGACAGUGUUUAAGCAGCGGUGCGUGGAUGGAGGUGGGUGGAGUGAAAAGCAUACACAGCAGAGCCCAUCGAGAGCUAAUAUCACCGCCUGAAGACUCUCUCCAUCAGAAUAUAAUGACCAGAAGUCUACAACAUCCAUCUCUUAUUUCCACCUCAGAUGAGCUCUCAUUGUCUGCAUACAUAGAGAAAGAACUUAUAGCCAAAAAUAAUCACAUCAAGAUGCCUAUUUCAGAGGUCAAUGAAGAAAGUUUCCGUGACACAGAAAAAUGUCACCCGAGUCCACAAGGACAGAAGAGCUGCAGCAAAACGUACUCCAACUCACAGAGCGUUCAUCCUUAUUGGAUUGGGGAUUUGGACAGCAUCAUUAUGAACAACCCUGACAAGUAUUUCAGUGACCCUCAUGGGAGAAGUCAUUUAUAUGGGACCAGAACUUCCCUAUUCCAGCAACUGGACUUUGUCCGCAAUUCACUUCAGCCUGGUCACUCUGUGCGCUCUUUGAGCUCUACCCAUCUGGCCAAUUCCUGCAGCAACACUCAAGCCUUCAUAAUCUGUCAUAUUGUAUUAAUGAAGGGCAAUGGCAAGGGUCUGGGCUUCAGCAUCGUCGGUGGGAGAGACAGCAUCUGUGGACCAAUGGGGAUUUAUGUCAAGACCAUAUUUCCUGGUGGAGCGGCGGCUGCUGAUGGAAGGCUACAAGAGGGUGAUGAGAUCCUGGAGCUCAAUGGGGAGUCCAUGCACGGAUUGUGUCAUGACGAUGCCCUCCACAAGUUCAAACAGAUCAAAAAGGGUCUAUUGACUCUGGUGGUCAGGACAAGCCUGCGAGUGGGGGCCUUGUGUGGCCAGGCCCAAGUCGCUCAGCUGUGCAGAUCACGCUCACUCAGCUCCACCACGGGCAUGGCCAGAAUCAGUGAUGAAAUGGGAGAUUACAACUUCAAAACUUGUAAGACUUCCAUCAGUGAUGUUUUUAGUUCACCUGCUAAACCAGGGGACCGCGUCAUGAUGGAGAUCAUCCUGCAGAAAGAGGUCAGUGUUGGUCUGGGUAUCGGACUGUGCUGUGUGCCAUCCACUGAUGGAUGUCCUGGAAUCUACAUACAUACCUUGUCACCUGGAUCUGUUGCACACAUUGAUGGAAGACUUCAGUAUGGGGAUGAGAUCAUGGAAAUCAAUAACACCGUGGUUUACAAUAUGGCACUAAACGAUGUCUACACAGUCCUGAGCCAUUGUACACCAGGGCCAGUUCAGGUUAUCAUCAGUCGACACCCUGACCCCAAAGUGUCAGAGCAUCAGCUGAAUGACGCAAUAGCUCAAGCUGUGGAAAAUAGCAAACUGAGACAGGACAAGAGCCACUGGAGUAUUGAUGGCCAUGGUUUGCGAAAGUUGGAGUCCUGUUCCCACAGCCGACAAAGAUGCAAACGUUGUUCUGAAAGGAGCUCCAGUCAGGUCACAGUGCGUCAAGUUCAAAAAUCCAUGACCCGCUCCUGCAGUGACAACACCAAUAACCAUCACCACGACUGCCUCCUCAACAUCCACAACUUUCCCAACAUAUGUUAUAACCCGUCAGCCCGCGUCCACAGCCUUGACACACCUCAGGUAAGUGUGAUCAAAGGGAAUUGUAAAGGGAAUCAAUCUAUCAACCUAUCUAUCGAUCUAUCUAUGUAUCUACGCCUACACAUGAACUUGAGUGAGCGAGCGAGCGAGCGGAAGUGGGCUGAGUUGCAGCAUUUCGUGACACAUUACUUCAUGUUUGUCAACCAGAAAGAAGAACAAAUGAGAAAACUGUCAGGGGGGAGCAGAGAAAAGUUGACUGUGGCGGCCAACUUACCUGCAGGUGGGGCGUCAGCUGUUCUUUGCUCACAAUCAAAAAGAGGAGCUUUUAAGAGGCAAGCACGCAUUGGACAGCAGCUUCAGGAUCCCUGGGUUCGCCUCGUGGACCAUUUCCCUCAAGAUUUGCGAGAAGUGCGAGAAGUGCGAGACGUGCGCACAUUUCUGCACCACCCGGCAGACAGUGCUGUCAUGAUGAAAAAUGAAGAGACUAUGGCAGAGCUGAAUUGCGCUGCCACGGAUGCUACUUCAACUCAUCUGUCCAACUUCACUCCCGAAGAAAAAGACGAGAUCCCCACGGGAUCAAAAAAAGGGCCUCCGGUGGCACCCAAGCCUGCUGGAUUUCGCCAGAGCCUGAAAAAGAUUCGGCAUGAGCAAGACGAGAAGAUGCAGGGUGAACUUGCAAAGGCGUGGCAUGCUGUCGGCUUCUACAGAAGCUUCAAUAGGAGAUUGGACUCAUCUGUUUCCAACCUGUGCAUUAAAGAUAAAAUCCACUCGUUUGAGACUUUUUCAACCCCAGCCUCUCCAGAGAAAGUGGACACUAAGAGGCAUGUAGUCCCAUCUAUCUCGCUUCCUCUGAUGGAGAGAGAGUUAGACAGAAAACAUGCCACAAACAAAAAUGAAGCCUCACAAGAAGUCCAGGCAAAGCAGUCUGCAUCUGUCACGGGAACAGACAUGUCCGAUUCUCCCUCUUCUAUCAUAGCAUUCAAUCUUGAAACAAGCAGAACAAAAAUAAUUCCCAAGGCUGAGCCUCAACCCAGCCAAUUAGCUCCCGAUCACUUGCCCUCUCAGACUGAUGCAGAAGCUGCAACACAGUUUUCUCGUUCACUUUCAAUCCAACAUGUGUUAAAUAUCCACCCCUCUGAAGAAUUGCUUGUUACUCCUGUAUCGGAAGCUCGAGGAGUAGAUGUCAGCAGCUCUGCAGAGUCCAAAGAGUUCUCCACUCCAAGCCUCGCCUCUGUGGAACUCAGUCAUGCAGAAGAAGGGAGUUCUCCAGAAAUGGCCAAACAGGAAGAAGUAAAGAAUCAAACACAACAUUGUCACUUGAACACAAAUGACAAUCCGUCGACCGACAAUACCGCUCAUCGAGACCUGGAAGGAGAAAAUUUUGGUAAAAUCCUUGCCUUUAGCAACCAGGUAUCGCAAGCGUUGAUGCGGACCCCUCCCGUGCCCACUGAGAAUGGUCCGGCCGGUUACUCUCCAAACCUCUUAGCCUCCACUGGUGAAGACGUGAUCAACCCCCAUGAGUGUGAUCCCCUUUCAGAUGUAACCGACACUGGCUUUUCUAUUAGCUUGGCCACUCUCAGAGCAUGUACCAUUGAGUUUAAGGAGGGGGGAUCCCCCCAAGAAGUGGCGGUUCCCUCUGCUUGCGCUCAGUCCGUCAUUUCAGCGAUCCCGUCUGAGGAAAUAGAGAUGCUGAUCAAAGAAGUCAGAGCUCUGGACGAAGAUGCGCUGACGCAACUGCAAGACAUCCAUGUUGUGAUUCUGCACAAGGAAGAGGGAGCUGGACUGGGCUUCAGCAUUGCCGGAGGCUGUGACCGGGAGAGUAAAGCUCUGACAGUACACAAAGUGUUUCCCAACGGCCUGGCCACACAAGAGGGCACGAUCCAGAAAGGAGACGAGGUGCUGUCUAUCAAUGGCCAAACACUCCGUGGUGUUGCACAUGCAGAUGCCACUGCGGCACUGCGUCAAGCCCGCACUCCACAACUUGCUGUGGUCGUCGUCUGCAAGAGAGCAGAGGAACAGAGGGAAGGCACAAGUGAGGAGUCCAUCUGUGCAAUGGAGGAGUCCGGCACUUUGGUGAGUGUGGAGCUGAAGAAAGGUGCAGGUGGAGUUGGCUUCACUUUGGAGGGAGGAAAGGGUUCGCUGCAUGGACAUAGACCGUUAUUCAUUAACAGGAUCUUCAAAGGUGGAGCAGCAGAAAAAUGCAGUCUUCAGUGUGGAGAUCAAGUUUUGCAAGUCCAGGGUACCAGUCUUCAGGAUAUGACCCGCUUUGAGGCCUGGAACAUGAUCAAGGCUUUACCCGAUGGGUCCAUCACAGUGGACAUCAGGAGGAGACACAGCCACUAGACACUCUCUUCACUUCAAGAGGCCGCAAAUCGCAACAAUGGAUACACAUCCCAAGGACCUUUCCUUGAGAUAAUCACUCAUAAAGAAUGUUGUACUGUUGUCAGCAAAAUCAUGGAAACCAGGUAUUAGCUUCUCAGCAUGAUGCAGCAUUUUUAUCUUUAAAAACACUGUUAUUUCAUUCAGUUACAAUAAUCUCAGCAAAGUUAUAGGGCAACUCUGGAGUUCGUUUGGGUCCUUUUCAGUUAUGUACCGGUACCUGAACAUCUCAUUGAAUCUGUCAAGCAUUAUUGAUUCAUUUCAAUUAAAGAAUCUCAGUGCUUUUGUAUGAUAAUGGUUGGUGCCAUAAAUACCCGGCUCAGCAUAUUAUCAGUAUCAAUUUACAAUGUAUUAAUUUUCAGGGAUCGAUAUUCCAUACAAAACAAAGUACGUUUAAAAAAUUCUAUGGAAAAUAAAAUAAAAUUCACUCCCAAAGACAUAUUUAUGUCUUUCACAUUCAACCCGAGAUACUUGUUUUUUUUCUUAAAUUUUUCCAAGAUUAGGGUAAAAUAAAUAAAUAAAUGGCUCUAGAAUUGGCUGGUACUGAAUGACUUAAAAUAUCUGACCAAACAUAUGGGGAAAAAUGGCUUUUCUUUUUGUUCACCGACAGGAAUUUAAAAUCCAUCCAUCCAUCCAUUUUAUGAUCAACUUUAUCCUCACAUGGGUUGCAGGGCAUGCUGGAGCCUAUCACAGCUGUCUUUGGGCAGUAGGCGGGGUCCACCCUGAACUAGUCGCCAGCCAAUCGCAGGGCACACAGAGACAAAUAACCAUCCACGCUGACAUUCACACCCAAGGACAAGAGCAGGUGUGUCAAACUCAUUUUAGCCGCGGGCCAAUUUGGAGUUACAUCUCAUCUUCCAUUGGAGGGCCGUCAUCACAGUGAAACCACAAAAUAAGUAUUUUUACCCAACAAAUUAAUAGGUUAAUAGCUUUUAAAUCAGUCAAGUCGAUUAAAAUAGUUUGUUUAAAUGUGGGUAAACAGGGUACAAAAUGAUUGCAAAAUCUCAGUUAUUUAUUACGCAUAACAAUUUGGCAUUUCGGUACAGAUUUUAGCAAGUUGACACACAUGAUUUGCUUUCAGGGGCCACAUAAAAUGACCUGGCGGGCCAGUUCUGGCCCCUGGACCUUGAGUUUGACACUUAGAGUGUUUAAUCAGCCAUGUUUUUAGAAUGUGGGAGGAAACCGUACUACCCGGAGAAAGCCCACGCAGCCACGUAGAGAACAUGCAAACUCCACACAGGAAGGCCGGAGUUGGAAUCGAAACCGGUACCUCUGCACUGUGAGAUCGACUUGCUAACCACUCGACACCAGGUUGCCAGAACUUAAAAUGAAAGACAAUAUUGAGUUUACUACUUCUGCUCUUUUAAGAUGCUGUUUUAAGUUUCCACUGCAAACUUUGUUUUGUUUUUGUGCAAGUUUUUUUUCUCCAUUGUUCAGACUAUAUUUUGUGGGCAGAGGUCAUUGAUAUUGGAGGCACAAGUUCUGCAGAGUUCCUCCAGGACAGGUUUUGCUCCAAUGAAAUUACUGCCACAUCUUUCUCCAGAGAUGUCAACUGUCGAAAGCCAUCAGAAAGCUGCCGGUUGAUGGGGUGUUCCCCAGGGUGGUGUGGAUAGCUCUUGGCCAUGCAAUAAAAGACAACUCCGCAGACUUUAA